AUAACAAAUUCUGUAUCUGGUUUCCGGUUGCUCUUCCCCUUCUAAGAUUCUGUAAAUUAUGAGCAGCAUCUGUCUCUUUCACCACAAUCAUCUUCUUAUUCGUUCACGAAAUUUUCAACAUGAUAAUCGCUGUUUCAGAGUUCAAUCAUUCACACAAAUCCCUGACUGUUCAAUUCGAUUUCGAAACCUACCCAAAUCAUCAUCCAGGCAAAACCCUAGCACCUCAUCCCCAGAACGCCCGCUAGAAAAACCCGGAUUUAUAUCCCAAAUUGAUUCAAAUGAUGACGACGAGAACUUGGAUGAAGUCGCACCUUCUUCACCUUCCAGUUCGACUUCAUCCAAGCCAUUCGCAUCGUUGAUUCAAAGUUUUAGAGAGAAGCUUAAGUUAGAUGAACUUGGAAUGGAGAUCAUGUCGAUUGCAUUGCCAGCUGCAUUAGCUCUUGCUGCUGAUCCAAUUACUUCACUCGUUGAUACUGCAUUUGUUGGUCAUUUAGGCUCUACUGAAUUGGCUGCUGUUGGUGUUUCCAUAUCAAUAUUUAACCUGGUAGCAAAGUUGUUUAAUAUUCCCCUACUCAAUAUCACAACCUCAUUUGUUGCUGAAGAACAAGCAGUAUUAGUCAAGGGUGAUGAUGAUGAUGAUGUUUCCACUUCUCUCAGCCAUGAUAGCAUGGGUGGAAGUAAGAAGAAGUUUCUGCCAUCUGUUUCAACUUCUUUAGCCUUAGCUGCUGCUUUUGGGAUUGGGGAAACCAUAGCACUUUUCUUUGGGUCUGGAUCACUAUUGAACACCAUGGGUAUACCUGUUGAUUCACCAAUGAGAAUACCAGCACAACAGUUUACUUCCAUUAGAGCAUUUGGAGCUCCAGCAAUUGUAUUAGCCUUAGCUGCUCAAGGAACUUUUCGUGGCUUUAAGGAUACUAAAACUCCUCUAUAUGCUAUUGCUGCUGGAAAUUUGGUAAAUGCCAUAUUGGAUCCAAUUUUCAUUUUCUUUUCUGGACUUGGAAUUAGUGGAGCUGCAAUCGCAACGGUAAUUUCUGAAUAUCUGAUUGCAUUCAUCCUACUUUGGAAACUAAAUCAAGAAGUACAACUUGUUACUCCAAAUGUAGAUGGAGAUAAAAUUGCUCGAUAUUUAAAAUCUGGGGGGCUUUUAAUGUGGAGGAGUUUUGCUGUUCUUGUAACUAUGACUUUAUCUACAUCAAUAGCUGCAAGAGAAGGUUCUAUUCCCAUGGCUGCUUAUCAGAUCUGUUUAGAAGUUUGGUUGGCUCUUUCUUUGCUUACUGAUGCUUUAGCACUUGCAGGACAGGCAAUUCUUGCAAGUAGUUAUUCACAAAAGAACUAUGGUGAAGCACGUAGAGUAAUAGACAGAGUUCUUAAGAUUGGAUUAAUAUCUGGAGGUAGUUUGGCUUUUGUGUUGUUCUUAGGGUUUGGACAAUUAUCUUCUUUAUUUACCACAGAUUUACAAGUUCUAAAUAUUGCAAGAUCUGGUACUUUGUUUGUAGCUGUAUCUCAACCGAUGAAUGCUAUAGCAUUUGUUCUUGAUGGGCUAUACUAUGGAGUUUUGGAUUUUGGAUAUGCUUCAUAUUCCAUGGUGGUGAUUGGAUUAGGAACUUGUUUGUUCUUUCUUCUUGUUGUUCCUCAAUUUGGUCUUUAUGGAGUUUGGACAGGAUUGUUUUUAUUUAUGACAUUGCGUGUAGUGGCUGGAAUAUUGAGGUUAGGAACAAAGAAAGGACCAUGGAAACUUGUUUACUCUGAAACCAAUAAAGAUCAAGAUCAAGAUAAUCGAUGAUGAUGAUGAGUUAGUUAUGUUGAAAAAUCUUUAUAUGAAGAGAGAGAGAAAAGUAUGUUGACAUUUGCAAUAAUCAUAUGAAGGAAAUUUGAGCAUACAAUUGGGGUUUUUAGAUACAAAAAAUGUAUUUGAAGCGACCUUUCAAGAACACAAGUUGAGAACACAAAGGGGGGACCUUUAAAGAACACAAAAGUUAAAGAAUAUAAGCCCGAAUGGAUCGAUAAACGAAAGUAUACAUCUAAAAACGAUUUUUAGGUAACCAUGGAUAACAAGAGGGAAG